CAAUAAUAAAUCUGUUCAUUUCUGUUGCAUAAUCAUUCAUUUGAAUUUUAUUCAAUUUUUUUAAGGAAAUUGACAAUGUAUAUUAUUUUUGGUUUAAUUUCGAUCAUUUCAGUCAAUGUUUUUGCUGUACCACCGGAAAAUUGUCUGGUAAGUCAACAAUGUACUUCCUAUUGUCAAAGUUAUGGCUAUUCAUCUGGAACCUGUCGGACACGUCUAUCAAUCAGCCGUCCUAUACCAUUAUUGAAACGUUUCUGUCAUUGUUCGAUAUGUGAUCCAAAAUAUUGUCAAAGCUAUUGCAAUAGUAUUGGAAGAAAAUAUACAUCUUGUACUUGUUAUAAUUUUUCUUUUGAUCAACGAUUUGAAAGUUAUUUUCAACAACGUAAUGAAUAUUCGGUUGCCAAUGAUUGUAAUGAUGGUGUACUUUAUUGUCAAUGUGGUUUAUAAUUAAAUUGAUUCAAUAUUUUUUUAAAUAAUAAAUGAUAAAUAAAUAAACGCUAGUUUUUAUUUGUAUUUGAAGAGCGCCUGCGUUCAAUAA